AUGCAAGCGCGCUCUGCGUACCGUCAGGCUCAGUAUGCACUCGUGGCGAGUGGGCGGCAACGAAUCAACCGUCUCCAGCCCACCGCUUCUACAUACCCAAUCAUCACGCAGUUCACCGCCGCCUUCCUCGCGCUCGCCACCUUCGCCGUCAGCCAGGUCUCCGCCAACGCGUCCGUCGUGCGCCAGUUCAACGCACUCGGCGCGACCGACCAGGGCGCGCUGCACACCUGCCUCAACAACUACCGCACCGACAACUGGGACGGCAUGAACUGCGGUGGACGCGGCUGGUUCAAGGGCACGCACAACUAUAAGAGCCCGGAGAACUGCUACGACGCGUGCGCGGGGCUUCUCGUGCAGGCGAUUGAUCAGGGCGCGUCGGACAUCGAGUGCGACGACAACGAGGGCGGCGCGAAGUGCUGGAUGGGCUUCCACUAA